AUUUCGAAUUUAAGAAAGAUUCAGUUUUGAAUUUGAAUUUUUCUCGAUGAAUAUAUUGCUUCAGUUGCUAAUUAGCUUCCUUUUUCUCAGCGAUUCUUAUGUGGAGAGUCAAACACGUAGAUGUCAAAGUGAUAUGGAUUGCACCACAUCAAUACUUCUGACCGGAUGCAACUUAACCAGCUUCUCAGACGAAUCUACCAAUUUCAAGAAUAAUUCCAAACUACAGAAAUUAUUUCAAGACAAGCAACUAGACUCCACAGAGUCACCACAUUGCGAAAUUUCAUCAAACAAGUCUAGCAAAAAAGGAAUUUCGAUCAAUUGCUACUGUGCCAAAAGUUUCUUCGCUGCGUGUUUGAGCUCAACAAUAAUUGCGGAGUCGAUUUAUCAAUUGAAAAAUACAAUCAAUAUAGAUGGUGUAGUAGAUCAGUCAAAUCCUCAUAUUAAUCAUGAUUGUAUUUUGGAUGGAUUCGAGAGAUAUCGAUUGAAUAUUGCAAAAAGAAAGCCAGGUCAAUUCUCGUGGAGUUUUGAUAUGAAAAGUCAACAAUUAAGAGCUUCAAAUCCUCCAUCUACACCAGAAAUUCUGAGUCUUCAGAACAAUAGUCGCAUCGUGGUUGACAUAAUUUGCAUAGAUAAAAGAAUAAUUAAUAUUCGUGUUUCUUGUUCGGAAGAUUACUGCCACAGAAACGAUAUUGAUGUUCACGAGCAUUUUAUGAUUCCGCUCAAAACUUUUGUCAUGCUCAGAAAAUCGCUUGAUAGUGGAAAGCUUGAACAUUUGUGGAAAUGUGAUAAGAUGUAUAACAAUACCAUAGCUGUACAGUACGCACUGAAGGGAUUUCAAGAACUUUUUUAUGCUUCACUUUACAAAAGCCUCCCGAGCCCGAAUGCUUUACCAACACUUAAACAAAUAGGAGUCAGUCGGCAUAAAUUGAAGCAAAAUGGAACACUCGAGCCAGAAAACUCGUCAGCUCACAUUUGCUCGUGGAUCGUGAUGGCGUUUUUCGUCCUACCUUUGAUUUUUUCGAUUUUUGCAGUUUUCUGCUUAUGUGGGAAUAACUAUAGAACUGAGCUUGGGCACUUCGCUAAUCCCAACUUGAAAGAUAUUGAAAUGACAUUGCUGGAACGAUUGCAAAAGAAUGAAAAUCCUCAAGUUGAAUCCUUGAAGAAACCAAAGCUGCCAAGGAGCGAGAUUAUUGACAUUGCCAUGAACACUUCGUCUCAGAUGGGAAAUAUCACGGAUUUGGGUUCUGAAGGACCAACUGGAGCAUCGUCUAUGAAGACAGCAAAGACGUUCCAUCAUAAGUCAUCACUGGACUCGACAAUAUAAUAGAAGUCGAUUGUUUUGAAAAUAAAAACUAUUCUAAAAUCAAACCG